AUGGCUUCCGAAGGAGAAGCACGAGCAGAGGUGGAUGAUCCCGCCAAAACCACCGGUGAAGAAGAGAAGCGAACAGAGCAAGACGAUCUCGCCAAGAGCAACGAUGAAGGAGAACUGAAAACAGAGGAAGAUGUUCCCGCCAAGAUUACCGGUGAAGAAGAAGCGCAAACAGAGGAACAUGAGCCCGCCAAAACCGCCGACGAAGAAGAAGCGCGAACAGAGAAAGAUGAGGCCAUGGAGGAAGCUAGCGAAGGAAAUGGGAGUCCUAAAGAACACUCGAUUACGAACAACGAACCGUCGCUAAACAGAACAAUGAACCGUGGCUCAACAUCUAUCCCUCCGACUGGAUCACCACCGGUGGUUGCAUCUGUUCAGCAACAACUUUCUCCAAGGAUGUUGACUCCACGGCCAAGAUCCCAAGUAAACCUCAACCCUGCAGCUGCACCAUGGAGACCUAAUCUGAUUACAAGGCCAGUGAUUCAAGAUCCUGCCUUUGUUGGUCACAACUCUGCUUUUGGCAUGCCGCAGCAGCAUCAUUAUUCCAAUGCAGCAGCUCCAGUGAUGUGGAGACGUCAAGCUCCAAUGAGGCCAAUGGUUUACAAUCAGCCACAGGACCAGACUGUUCCCUAUAUUCUCCGAGGCCAGGCUCCAAUGAGGCCAAUGGUGUACAACCAGGCACGAGACCAGGUUGUUCCCAACGUAUUCCGAGGUCAAGCUCCAAUGAUGUACAAUCAGGCACAAGAUCAGGUUGUUCCCAACGUAUACCGAGGUCAGGCUCCAGUGAGGCCAAUGGUGUACAACAACCAGCAGCAGCAAUUCAACCAAGGACAACACUUUGGCAUCCCCAAUAAUGCAGCAACUCAAAUGAUGUACCAGCAGAACCAAAAUUUAGUCCGAGGUCAAGCUCCAAUGAGGCCAAUGGUGUACAACAACCAGCAGCAGCAAUUUAACCAAGCAGGACAACACUUAGCACCAUGGCAUGUGCUGGAUCCAGAAAUGCAGCAACUUGUGGCUCAGAUGCAACAGCCAGCAGAGUCUCAGGGGUCUAACAGUGGACCAUCUUCUGACGAAAGUGAAGAUGAGCAGAGCAGCUUAGGUUAA